UCUUUGACAUAAGCAAGAAUCAAGAGAGUGAAGGAAGGAGAGCAAGCAGGUGCCGGGGGGAUCAAGGAAGAUGACUGUGUGCGAACUGCGCGACGUGAUGACACGCCUCUCACCCUUGCGUUUGAUAUAGGUAUGCAAUAUGUCGGAGGAAGCGGCAAGCGAAACAACAUCGUCUUUCAGUCGUUCUGCACGCCCCCUGGUCCAUUUAUGUCGCUCCCCCGCCUUUCACGACUAUUUUACGGACUUUCACCUCGAAGAUGGAGAGCAUCACCCUUCAAAAGGGAUCAAGAUUCGAUCCAGCUUACCCACUGCGACCUGCACCCAGCAAACCUUACUGUGUCGUCGCCCAAGCUGAGGAGGGGGAGAGGGGCUUUGGGUAGCAUGGCCGCAUUCGGCGAGGGCUGAGUGGACGUUGACCUGGGCUUGGAAUAAAGCGGGGAACGGCACGCCAGUAGUGGUCGGAGAAGCCGCACGUUUGGCGGUCGUUGAUUGGGGUUGGACGCCGUCCUAUUGGGAGCACUGCAAGGCGCUGUGGACCGUCCGCCCUAAUCGCGAAGACUGGGCAACAACAUAGCUUCCCAAGAUAAUUGAUUGCGCCGCAGUAACCGGGGUGUGGUUACCUCUGUCCUGUGGGAUGCUGUGGCCCAAGCUGCCAAUCAGGUGAUGCUGUGACUUGUUAUUCCUCGAUCACAUCAUCCUUGCUCAACCUCAGAAGCAGGCCUUUCUUGUCUGUUACCAGCCGCGGUGAUUAUUCUGGUUAUCUAAUUCUUCCUGUGCGGCACACCCGCCUGCUGUGCGCACUUUCUGCUGUCUCGUCGGAAUCCUGCCUUUUAUUGUUCUCGGGCAAGCUGUUCCGCCAUUCCCGGGGAAACAUUAUCGAGAUCAGUCACGAUUCUUCAUUGCC